CAACAACAUACAAAACGUGCACUAACGAGGCUUCUGUCUCUUAGUAUUGAACUCUUCUCUCCACAGAAUGGCUUCUUAUCUUUCUGGGUUCCUCUGUCUUUUCUCUCUUCUCUCCCUUUUCCCUUCCAUUUCUUCGUUAGCAGAUAAUAAAUCCACCACUGUAACACUCUCCCUCUUGCAAUUCAACAAGAACCCAUCUUCGGAUCCGUGGAAGAAUCUUAGUUUCAUCGCUUCUGCCUCUCUAAUCAGAGCACGAAACCUCAAGAAUCCUCAGAGUUCCCUUGUCUCCAAGACCCCUCUUUUCCCUCAGAGCUAUGGAGGAUACUCCAUUCCCCUCAGCUUCGGUACACCACCUCAAACCGUCUCUUUCGUCAUGGAUACAGGGAGUGAUCUGGUCUGGUUCCCCUGUACUCACCGUUAUGUAUGUAGUAACUGUUUUUUCCGAAACCAGAACCCCUCAAACAUCUCAACUUUCAUCCCCAAAUUGUCAUCUUCCUCCAAGACUAUAAGCUGCGAGAACCCAAAAUGUGGUUGGAUUCACAGUUCCAAAGUUCAAAAGAGAUGCAGUGGUUGCGAACCCAAUUCGAGAAAUUGCUCUCAGAUUUGCCCUCCUUACAUUAUCAUCUACGGGUCUGGAUCCACUGGAGGUUUUCUGCUCUCAGAAACGCUGGACUUUCCCGAGAAAAAAGUACCUGAUUUCGUCGUCGGGUGCUCUGUUUUGUCUGCAAGCCAACCCUGUGGAAUCGCCGGAUUCGGGCGAGGCCCGACGUCGCUACCGUCGCAGCUCCACCUGAAGAAAUUCUCUUACUGUCUCCUCUCUCACAACCUCGACGAUACCAACGAGAGCAGCCUACUUGUCUUGGACGGAGACGACAAGAUCACCAGCAUCAGUUACACACCAUUCGUGAAGAACCCAAUCACCGGAAACCCUGCAUUCUCCGUCUACUACUACGUCGGACUCAGAAAAAUCACCGUCGGAGGGAAAAAGGUUAAGAUUCCUUACAAGUAUCUAUCACUGGGAUCUGACGGCAAUGGUGGAACGAUCAUAGAUUCAGGGUCGACGUUUACUUUUAUGGAGAAGGAAAUGUUCGAUUUAGUGGCAAGGGAGUUCGAGACCCAAGUGAAGAGUUACAAGAGAGCUCUCUACAUUGAAGUGCUCACUGGUUUGCGGCCUUGUUUCGAUGUAUCGGCCGAAAAGAACGUAUCGUUACCCGAACUGGUUUUCCACUUCAAGGGAGGAGCUAAGAUGGCUUUGCCGUUAGCAAAUUAUUACUCGUUCCUUGGGAACACCGGUGUGGUGUGCAUGACGGUGGUGACGGACGGGCCCGAAAUAUCGGGUGGGCCGUCGAUUAUAUUGGGGAAUUAUCAGCAGCAGAAUUUCUAUGUGGAGUAUGAUUUGGAGAACCAGAGGUUAGGGUUUCGGCAGCAGAGUUGCGGCUAAAGUCAUGGCAACGGUAAUAGUGUCGUAUCGUAUCGGUCUCAAGCUCAUUUGCCCUUGGGUUAUGAUUUGAUAGACUAGGUCUAUACUGAGGACUUUAAACUAGAUAGAAAACCAUUGUUUUGGAAUCUUCUUUUGGAAAAUUAGAAGUCUACAAAACUCAAGAAAAACUUAACUUUUAGGGUUGGGAGUGGGCGAUGAGGGGGUUAGCGUAGGAGAUUUUAUUGGAUAUAUAAUUUGUCAGGAGAAAGUUUUUCUUUUCACCCAUGAAUCUAUUGUUGGAGACUUAUAGUUA